AAAAAAUAAACAGGAAGGUAAUUGAGUGGUUAUAAAAGCUUUGGUAGAAAGAUGCUCGUCAAACACCUGCGGAGAACCACGAACAAAUUCUUCUCAUCUUUAUAUUCCCAAAAUGAAAACCUUAAUGAAAGGCAGAAGAAAAUAAUGGAGAAAGGUUUACCAAAGAAAAAGCCUAUAGAAGGCGUACAAGAGAUUGUACUUGUUGUCUCAGGGAAAGGAGGAGUUGGAAAAUCCACAACUUCCGUCAAUUUAGCAACUGCAAUGGCGCAGACUAAAAAUGUAGAAGUUGGCCUUCUUGACGCAGAUGUUUUUGGUCCCUCAAUACCUUUGAUGAUGAAGUUAAAUGAUUCACCUUUGUUAAAUAAUGAUAAUAAGAUGAUACCUCUUAAAAACUAUGGUGUUAAAUGUAUGUCAAUGGGAUUUUUAGUAACAGAGAAAUCGGCAGUGAUAUGGCGUGGGUUGAUGGUAAUGAGUGCCCUGGAUAAGCUGAUGCGACAUGUCGACUGGAGUCCAACGUAUUGCCUUUUCGUCGACACGCCUCCAGGGACGGGUGACACUCUGUUAACUCUUAUACAAAACCUGCCUAUCUCUGGUGUAAUCAUGGUGACAACACCGCAAAAGGCGGCUGUUCAAGUAACGAGGAGGGGCGCCACAAUGCUUGAGAAACUCGGGAUCCCGAUCAUAGGUCUCGUGUCGAACAUGAGUUCAGUCCAAUGCCCUCAGUGCAACAGCUCGAUCCCGGUUUUUGGAAACGAAGCGAAAUCUCUCGCAGACGAAUUGAACAUCCCCCUACUUGCUGAAAUUCCGGUAGAUUCGGAUAUAUCGAGAGGAUCCGAUCUAGGGACGCCAUCCAUAAUUUCCAGUCCCAACAGUAUCCAAGCCAAUAUUUAUAAGAAGUUAGCAGAUGAUGUUCUUACAUUUUUCAAAAAAAGGUGAAAAUAGUUAUUUCUUACUUGUUUAAUAAAAUUGUUAUUAAUCAAUAGGCUUUGCCUUAAUUUUAUAUAAUUUUAAAUUAUUUAUUGCUACCAUUAUAUGUUAAUUUAUGGGCACCACUAGAAUUGACAUGGCGACGUCAUGAUUUUGCUUUCAUUCAAGCCCAGAGUACUUACUGAUGAACUUUUUUCCCCCAGAAAACCUCCCAUGGGUUGAUACAAUCAUUGCUGUUAUGACCCCCAUAAAAAAAUAAAUAAAUGAAAAAC